AGCAAAACCUCAGCAGCUCCUGUAGAGGCAGGUCCUCUCGCGGCCGGCGGUAAUAUGUUUUCCUUCUACUUCAACCGUCUCUUCAGCCGGCGCAGCGAGGCAAAUCCAGGGGACAAGGGAGUUACCGGAGGAGAAAGUGCGGCCAACAGCGAUGAGGACCACGAUGGAACAAGUUGGUGGUCGCCGCCAACCGACACUGUUCCAUCCGAGCCGGGGCAACAUGCGAAUAAAAAUGUACGACCUAAUAUACCCGGCGGUGGUGCUGGCAACAGCAGUACUUCCCCAUCAAAGCAACCUACCCACGAGGGUGAACAAGCACCAUAUUACAAGAAUCACUCCAAUUUGAUUUAUUCCCGGUCGCCACCACCGCAGCUGAGCCUCCCAAACCCAGACGGCGGCGGCCGUCUUGAAGAUGCUGGCGCAGCUUCUUCGAGCCAUUACUUUGGCAGCUUAGUCAAGACAGCAGGGGCUCCACCUGGGGGAAGUAAAACUCCAGCUGGUUCUUUGUUCACUUCUAGACGGCAUCUUCUGCAACAAAAGCUCGAAAGGCUUUUUGACCUCGUUUCGUGUGUCCAGGACUAUGCUUCGUCGCCUCUCGCUAGUGGUUCUUUCGCAGCUGGUGGACAUUUGCAAGGCAUGCACGUCGGAGCAUCGCCCGUCUCUCCCAUCUCUCCGUCGUCGCUGGUGCGGUCCCCCGGCGGCGCGAAUGUCAACCAUCACCACGCGCAGCAGUUUUAUUACCUGCGACAUGGAGCUGCAGGCGGACCAGCUAGAAGUGGACUUCAAACGGGUGGGGAUAGUGCUUUUUUGUUCCCCCCGCCGCUAGACAGCCCUGCCAGUUCAAGGGGGAAUGAAAUUCACAUGCUCGAAAAUCAUGAUGCGCAAGACCACAAUCUGAAUCUCGGCCACCAUCAUGAAAAUAACGAAAGCCCGAAUUCUUUGAUCACACAGCAGACUCUCCAGUCCAAUUCCCGCUCAGGAGUUUUACUUCCAGACCCAGCGUAUCCGCGCCGGCCCACGACCGACGUCUCCGUGGCCACGACGGCUCGUUUUGGCACGUCGCUGGCAUCUGUCGCGACGAUGCAAGGAGGUGCACAGCACCAGCAGCUACAACUUCCUGGCUCUACUACAUCCAACGCGCGCCGCUACUCACGGCUCCGCCCAACCGGCGCCACCGCAGUCAAUCUGACCCACCCGGCCGCAGCUCUGUCACGGGUGCACAAGCAGCAACACAAGAUCCUCGGACCGAAGAAGGGGUUGGCGGUGCAUUUCGGGCACGAAAAUUGGAACAUGGUGUUGAACAUGAUGAUUGGCAUCCGACUGGCCGUCGGACGGAGCAGCACCGAGGGUGACCGGGGGUUGCAAUCGUUGGAUUUCAAAAUGCGGGACAAAUUCGCGAUCCUGCCCAACCUCGCGAACAUCAUGGACAGUGUGGCCGCGGCGAACCAAAACUACACGAUUUUCGUCGAUUAUCUGCCCUUUGUCUUCCGCAAGAUCCGACAACUGCGAGGCAUCAAACCGGAGCAGUAUCUCCGGUCCGUCGGCCCGGAACAGCUUCUGGGAAACAUGAUUCUCGGCAACCUCAGCAGUCUCUCCGAGCUGUCCUCCGAGGGGAAAUCCGGGGCUUUUUUCUACUACACCGCCGACGGAUCCUUCAUGAUCAAGACGAUUAGCAAGGAGGAGAAGGAGUGGCUGCAGACGAUCAUGCUGCCGUAUUGGCUGCAUUUGAAGAAGUACCCGGACUCGCUGCUGAUCAAGUUUUUUGGGCUGCACGCGCUGCGGGUGCGGAAACAGAGCAACAACAUCGGGUCCUUCCGUGCGUCGAGCAAGAUCCGGGAAAAGAAGAUCUACUUUGUGGUCAUGGGAAACAUGUUUAACACGCCGUACGAGAUCCAUACGAGGUACGACUUGAAGGGCAGCACGUUCGGCCGGACGACAAACGCGUCCCUGUUGGAAGACAAAACAGUCGCGAGGAAAGACAUGGACUUCUUGCACGAAGUGACCGCGAGUGCAACCAGUACGGCUGCGACGAGGGGUAGCGGCGGCACGGCAGGAACAUCGAGCAGUGCGACGGCCGCGUCGUCUAGUACGGCGCUGGCCCUCAAGAGAACGGGUGCUACACCUGAUGGCGGUGCCACAUCUAGUUCAAGUGCACCACAUAAUCAACGUUCGAAGAGAAAUCAGAACCAACCACUGAGUGCAGCGGGUCAAAACGAGCACAGUGAGGAACAACAUCAUGACGAGCCUGCUGUGUCUACUCAUGUGCCUGUCGUCCUGUCCCAGCAAGCUUACCAAAUCAUCACCGACCAGCUGCGUGCGGACAGCGAAUUCUUGGCGAAAAACAGCAUCAUCGACUACAGUCUUCUACUUGGUGUUCACACCGUCGCGCCGGAGGACAGGUUCGAUUUCUGGCAGGCAAUUUCGGACCUGGAUACGCACAACCAACAGAUUUGUUCGCAGCAACUGAUGUUGAACAACACGAGCAGGCCCCAUAGCCCAGCAGCACAGUACUUGACGAAUUCCAAUUAUCAGCAGCCUCGGACGCCAACACUGCAGUUGACAGCAAACGGAGUGACUGAGAUGAGUACCUCCCUGCUAGCCGCAACGUCAUCGGGACAAGCAGGGGGAGGUCCAGCUCCUUUUACUAGUGGGCCACAACAAGCACGAGGGUUCAGCAAUGGCACCACCACCAACAGCAUGCAACGAAAGUCCUUUCCGUUGCGGAACCACACUGCGGCCGCACAACUCCCCCCUUCCAUCGCCUACCACGAGCAGCACUUCGGCGGGCUCGCGGGCGCAGAUCGGGAAAACCCGAAACUGUACUACAUCGGGGUUAUCGACAUUUUGACGCAUUACGGUGUCCGGAAGAACAUCGAGCACCGGGUGAAGUCCUGUCUCCAUCCGACCAACUGGAAGGGCGUCAGCUGUUGCCCGCCGGAUAUGUACGCGGAAAGAUUUCUGAAGUUCAUGAAGGACAUUGUGUUCCGACCAACGAAUUAUACUGGGGACGUUGGUGCUCUCGCGGAAGAAAAUCAAAGUGGCGCAGACAAGUUUAGUCCGACCGCGGUUUUCCAUCACGAAAUUGUACCGGUUUCAUCUUCGUCAGGAACUACUCGCCAAGGUGGUGGAACGCUGGGACCACCGCCGGCAGCAAGUGGCGCAAGUGGGAGUGAGUAGGAGUUGCGGGACAGGAGCAUCAGCAUAGAUGUGAAGGACUGCGCGUACGGCAUUCCCAUCGGGAACCGGAUGAGUGUGGUGGUGAGGAGCACGCUGUGCAUGCGGACGUCCACCAGCGCAUACUCUUCUCGGAAUUUUUGUCUUCGUCAGUAUAAUUCCCUGGUGAAAGUAAAGGUUAUCGGGCACCACAAAAGCAUGCCGGUUCGGAUCUGCGGGAGUUGUCUCGGUGUUGCUUGUUGUUUUUGCUACGGAUUCCAAGCCGCGGGGGCCACGAACUACGGGGAGACUACGGCUGAGUCUUGGGGAAAGGAGCACAUGACUUCGUGGCCCGCCAGUCUUGAGUCGUGAAACUCGCGUGGGUUCGGAGGGGGAGGAAACUGUUCUUGGUGCGCGAGCCUGCUCCAAGCGUAUAGCUUGGUUCACGUCCUCCUCCGAGUGGCAACAAGUGUUGCCAAGGAUAAGAUGAUCACAUUUUCCUUUCCUUUUCUACGUACUUAGUUCUUUUUCAUCACACGAUGCACAAGCGCAGGCGUUCUUUCUACAUCAUGAUUACUCUGUACAGGCCUGGCUCUAAGCCGUUCUUUGGGCAGUACUUAAAAGUGAAGAUCUUCACGAUGACAUUGAAGACGCAAAAGCUCAACAUACUAUUAAAUAAGGAAAUCCUUCAUGCCGGGAAAAUCCGCUGGGGGACUUAGUGACGCAAGAAAGACUUCCUUGACAAAAAAGGCGGUUUUGUCAUCGAGCUGCAUUUGCUUUCAAGCAUCUAGGCGGGUCCUGCAUGACUAUACGGAAC